AAAAUACUUCCGAGAGGCGGUGUCUAAUUAUAAUUUAAACUAAAUCGUAAUUACCACACGUUCGCUGGACAAACCAGCGAUUAGCAUCAAAACAACACACCUGUCUCUGGUUAAAGUUCAUUUGUAUUUUCCUAUAGACAAUGUUUAAUGAUUAAGGUUAACGCUGAAGGUUCAAACUAUUUUUUUAAUCAACCUGUGGGAUUCAAAGACAUCACGUGAUCCAACUACUAAUUAAUGCUAACGUCUAAUUAAUCAGUCACGUGACAUGAAGUCGCGUCAGUGUGUUAAAGUGAAGCUGUCGGAGAACAGACUGAGCACCAGAAGAAACACUGAAGGUGAUGCUGGUGGGAGACUCAGGUGUAGGAAAGACCUGUCUGCUGGUCCGCUUCAAAGAUGGAGCCUUUCUGGCCGGGAGCUUCAUCUCCACCGUGGGCAUCGACUUCAGGAAUAAAGUUAUGACGAUUGAUGCGGUGAAGGUCAAACUGCAGAUUUGGGACACCGCUGGUCAGGAGCGAUUCCGGAGUGUCACCCACGCCUACUACCGCGAUGCUCACGCUCUUCUUCUUCUGUAUGAUGUCACCAACAAAGCAUCCUUUGACAACAUCAGGGCCUGGUUGACAGAGAUCCACGAGUAUGCUCAACAGAACGUGGUCGUCAUGCUGCUCGGCAACAAGGCCGACUCCACACAUGAUAGGGUGGUUAAACGAGAGGAAGGAGAGAAACUGGCCAAGGAGUUUGGAGUGCCCUUCAUGGAGACGAGCGCUAAAUCUGGACUGAACGUGGAGCUGGCCUUCACCGCUGUGGCCAAAGAACUGAAGCACAGGACCAUGAAGGAACCGGAUCAGCCAAAGUUUGAGCUGCAGCAGUACGUGGACAAAGAGAUGAGGGCCGUGGGCUGCUGCCGCUCGUAGACCAUCGCCUGGGUCUGUGUGUGUUUGUGCGUGCGUAUGUGUGUGUGUGUGUGUGUACGUGAGAGAGAGAGAGACAGAGGGACUGAACAGGUUCUCUGUGUAAUAAUUCAGACGUGAUGUUUCAGUGUUGAUACAGUUCUCUCUGACCCACCCUCCCUCUGCAACUGUGAAUGUAAUAUAAUAUCUACAUGUACAUGCCUGCAAAUACACAUGCAUGUACUUUAUAUACAGCAACACACACACACACACGGAUAUCUAUUUAUAACUUCAAGAACAAAGAGUUGAUUCAGUGGAAAAAGUCACAUAUUUGAUUCAUUUCCUAAGGUAUUGUCAUAUUACUAACCAUUAGCGCCCUCUACCUUAUGCAAUCCUUAAUCACUUUAAUCUUUUUUUAUGAUGCCAAAAUAUGUACCCUUGAUUUUUGUGUAAUUUCGGUCUAUUGCUGUUGUUGCAGCUGUUUUCCUGACAAAUUUAAGCCAAAUUUGCAUGAUGAUGAUGAUGAUGAUGAUGAUGAUGAUGAUGAUGAUGAUUAUUAUAUUGCUCUUUUUUGGGUGUGCUAACAAAUAUUAGAAAAUCCUACUAGGAUCUUCCCAUAGCUGUGUUUUUCUGAGAUAUGUGUUGCAGAAUAUUUGCUGAAACUUGCUACUUUUUUCCUAGGACAGUAAAGUCAUCACUGCUUUGUACUUUGUAUUCUUAUUCAGACAUUUGCUUUUCAUUGAGCUCAAUCAGGCUGUGCCCUCAUAUAGUACAAGGACCUGUGUCAAGAAGCUAAUGAUCCUUUUAUGGUCAUUACUGUUGGACAGGUUUAUGCAGGCUAAUGCAGAUGAACCUGUCACUGCACUUGUUCUCUGGCCUUUUCCCUAGACAGUGAAGGCGUCACUGGUGUGAUUUUGCCUAUGACCGGUGAAUUUAGAAAACCAACCAACCUGUCAGAGUCAGUUGGUCAGAUCGCUGUUGAGUCACUGCUCACAUUUGAACUGUUCCUGUUACGUUGGACAGAGACGUCUUAUUUCUGAAUUUAGACAAAUGUUUCGUAGAAUGUUCUUUGCUUAAAAAUCAAUCUCAACGAACCAGCUUUGUCUGGAUGUCACUGAGAUGAUUUUCAUCAACAUUAUUCUACCUUUUUAGUUUGGUGCUGCCUUCAGGGGCCACAACAGCUGCUCAUCUCUCUCUCAGUCCCAUCCUCGAACCUCGUCUACUGUCUCCUCUUCUUCCUCUUCUCCCCCUCCUCCUCUUCCUCCUCUUUGCCCAAAGGGCUCAGCUCCAAACAUCUGUGGUCGCUCCACACAUCAUCUUCAUCAUCUCUAGAAGUUUUGUUUCAGCUGCUGCUCUCCUCUCCUCGUCUUUCAUCACAUCCGUCUUGGUCGUUCUCGUUUUUAAAAAAGUCUCCUGUCAUUUCGACAUCUCCAUUCCCUUCAAACAUCAUGGACGCUCACCAAACUCUUUCUCACAGGUGAGGUGUGAUUCCAAAUUCUGGUGAAUUGUAAAAAGGAUGACGUUUAGAUUUGAUUCUUCUAUAAUGAUGUCUCUGCUGUUGUGUCGCAAAAUACAUUGUAUUGACUUUUGUUCCUGUAAAUACAAAUAUAAUAUAACUUAAAAUCCGACUUUUUUCAAAGAUCAAUUUUAAGUUUACUUGAGUAUUUUUCUUCUUGUCUUUUCAGUCAUUUCCUGUUGGAACUGUCAAUGAAAUAAUGUUGUUCUAAGUUUUGCACCACUUUCCCACUGGAACAAUGGGGGAUGUUACUGGGAACAUUGUGGUGGGUUAAAAAGCUAUGGCUUUUCCAUUGUAAAAAAAAAAAAAAGUUGGAUAAUUCAUUUAUAAAUGAAUCAUGUUUUCUUCACAGAUUCUACCACAGAGUAAAUGCUUGUUCUGCCAGUGUUGGAAGAAAAAAAAACUGAAGAGAAAAAAAAGAACCUUUGAAUAGAAA